AUGAUUUUUCAAUCUUUUCUACUAGGUAAUCUAGUAUCCUUAUGCAUGAAGAUAAUCAAUUCGGUCGUUGUGGUCGGACUCUAUUAUGGAUUUCUGACCACAUUCUCCAUAGGGCCCUCUUAUCUCUUCCUUCUCCGAGCUCUGGUUAUGGAAGAAGGAACCGAGAAGAAGGUAUCAGCAACAACUGGUUUUAUUACGGGACAGCUCAUGAUGUUCAUAUCGAUCUAUUAUGCGCCUCUGCAUCUAGCAUUGGGUAGGCCUCAUACAAUAACUGUCCUAGCUCUACCAUAUCUUUUGUUUCAUUUCUUCUGGAACAAUCACAAACACUUUUUUGAUUAUGGAUCUACUACCAGAAAUUCAAUGCGUAAUCUCAGCAUUCAAUGUGUAUUCCUGAAUAAUCUCAUUUUUCAAUUAUUCAACCAUUUCAUUUUACCAAGUUCAAUGUUAGCCAGAUUAGUCAACAUUUAUCUCUUUCGAUGCAACAACAAGAUCUUAUUUGUAACAAGUGGUUUUGUUGGUUGGUUAAUUGGUCACAUUUUAUUCAUGAAAUGGCUUGGAUUGGUAUUAGUCUGGAUACGGCAAAAUCAUUCUAUUAGAUCGAAUAAGUACAUUCGAUCUAAUAAGUACCUUGUGUUAGAAUUGAGAAAUUCUAUGGCUCGGAUCUUUAGUAUUCUCUUAUUUAUUACCUGUGUCUACUAUUUAGGCAGAAUACCCUCACCCAUUCUUACUAAGAAACUGAAAGAAGCCUCAAAAACAGAAGAAAGGGUGGAAAGUGAGGAAGAAAGAGAUGUAGAAAUAGAAACUGCUUCCGAAAUGAAGGGGACUAAACAGGAACAAGAGGGAUCCACUGAAGAAGAUCCUUAUCCUUCUCCUUCCCUUUUUUCGGAAGAAGGGUGGGAUCCGGACAAAAUCGAUGAAACGGAAGAAAUCCGAGUGAAUGGAAAGGAGAAAAUAAAGGAUAAAUUCCACUCUCAACUUACAGAGACAGGCUAUAACAAUAUUAAUACUAGUAAUAGUCCAAUUUAUGAUUAUGAGGAUUCUUAUCUGAAUAAUAAUAAGACGGGGAAUCCAGAAAAUUUUAAAUUGCAACUGCUUGAUAAAGAAAAUGAAAAUAAAGAUCUCUUCGGCUUUCAAAAACCUCUUGUGAGUCUUCUUUUCGAUUAUAAUCGAUGGAAUCGACCAUUUCGCUACAUAAAGAAUAAUCGAUUUGAACAGGCCGUAAGAACGGAAAUGUCACAAUAUUUUUUUGACACAUGUAAAAGUGAUGGAAAACUAAGAAUAUCUUUUACAUACCCGCCAAGUUUAUCAACUUUUUGGAAAAUGAUAAAAAGAAGGCUACCCCUAUUGUCACUCCAAAAAACGCUCCCUAAUGAACUGGACAAUCAGUGGGUUUCUACUAACAAAGAAAAAAGUAAUAAUCUGAAUAAGGAAUUUUUCAAUCGACUUGAAGUUCUAGACAAGGAAUCUCUUUCUCUGGAUAUACUCGAAACAAGAACUAGAUUGUGUAAUGAUGAUACUAAAAAAGAAUACGUGCCUAAAAUGUAUGAUCCUUUGUUAAAUGGACCAUAUCGAGGAACAAUCAAAAAAGAGUUUUCACCUUCAAUCAUAAACAAUACUUCGCUAGAAAAUUGGAAAGAGAGAGUUAGACUAAAUAGGAUUCAUACUAUCUUUCUUCCGAAUACUGAUUACCAAGAAUUUGAACAAAAAGUGGAUACGGUUGAUAAAAAAUCAUUAUCAACAGAAAUUGACGAGUUCUUAACUUUAAUCAAUGAGUUUGGUAACGAACCAAAAUCGAGUUUAAAUUUGAAAGACCCUUCUUUAUUUUCAGACCAAGAGCAGGGAAGAGUGAAUUCAGAAAAAAGAACGCAAUUUGUAAAAUUUGUAUUCAAUGCAAUUGAUCCUAAUGGGACAAAAUCUGGAAAAAACUCGAUUGGAAUAAAAGAAAUCAGUAAAAAAAUACCUCGCUGGUCACAUAAAUUAAUCACCGAAUUGGAACAACAAUUGGGUGAAUUUAAAGAGGGCGCAUCACUGGAUCAUCAAAUUCGUUCAAGAAAAGCCAGACGUGUAGUGAUUUAUACUACCAACAUGGAGAGUAACGAUCCUGAGGUCAAAGAAGAAGUGGCUUUAAUAAGCUAUUCGCAACAAUCAGAUUUUCGGCGAGGUAUGAUUAAAGGCUCUAUGCGGGCUCAAAGGCGCAAAACAGUUAUUUGGAAACUAUUUCAAGCAAAUGCGCAUUCCCCCUUUUUUCUCGACAGAAUAACCCCCCCUCGUCUUUUUUCUUUUGAUAUCUCUGAACUGAUUAAACCAAUUUUUCGAAAUUGGGCAGGUAAAGAGGGAGAAUUCGAGAUUCUAGAGUCUAGCGAAGACCAAACAAACAGAGAAGAGAAAAAAGAAAAGGACAAAAAAGCGAAGAACAAAACAAAAAAGGAAAAAUCACGGAUAGCGAUAGCAGAAGCCUGGGAUAGCAUUCCUUUUGCGCAAAUAAUAAGAGGUUCCAUGUUAAUAACUCAAUCAAUUCUUCGAAAAUAUAUUAUAUUACCUUCAUUGAUAAUAGCCAAAAAUCUCGGGCGUAUGUUAUUCUUGCAACUUCCUGAAUGGUCUGAAGAUUUGCAGGAAUGGAAUAGAGAAAUGCAUAUUAAAUGUACUUAUAAUGGUGUUCAAUUAUCAGAAACAGAAUUUCCAAAAAAUUGGUUGAGGGAUGGGAUUCAGAUCAAAAUUUUAUUUCCUUUUUGUCUGAAACCUUGGCAUAUAUCUAAACUGUACCCCUCCCACGGAGAGCUAAUGAAAAAGAAAAAACAAAAAGAUGAUUUUUGUUUUUUAACAGUUUGGGGAAUGGAAACUGAAGCUCCCUUUGGUUCUCCCCGAAGGCGCCCUUCCUUUUUUGAGCCCAUUUUUAAGGAACUCGAAAAAAAAACUGGAAAAUUAAAAAAGAAAAAUUUUAUAACUAUAAAAGUUUUAAAAGGAAAAACAAAAAUAUUUCGAAGAGUUUCAAAAGAAACCAAAAAAUGGCUUAUCAAAAGUAUUCUAUUUCUAAAAAAAAUAAGAGAAGAACUUUCAAAAGUUUCAAAAGUCAUUCUAAUUGUAUUAUUUAGAUUCAAAGAAAUAUCUGAAUCGAAUGAAACGAAAAAAGAAAAAGAUUCUCUAAUUAGUAAUCAGAUAAUUAACGAAUCAUUUAGUCAAAUUGAAUCUGGAAAUUGGCCAAAUUCUUCACUGAUAGAAACCAAAAUGAAGGAUUUGACUGAUAGAACAAGUACAAUCAAAAAUCAAAUAGAAAGAAUUACAAAAGAGAAAAAGAAAGUAACUCCAGAAAUAGACAUUAGUCCUAAUAAAACAAAUAAUAUUAAAAAAUUAGAAUCGCCAAAAAAUAUUUUCCAAAUAUUAAAAAGAAGAAAUACUCGAUCAAUAUGGAAAUUCCAUUAUUUUCUAAAAUUAUUCAUUCAAAGAUUAUACAUCGAUCUAUUUUUAUCUAUCAUUAAUAUUCCCAGAAUUUAUACACAACUCUUUCUUGAAUCAACAAAUAAAUUGAUUGAUAAAUACAUUUCCAAUAAUGAAAUAAAUCAAGAAAAAAUUAAUAAUAAAAAAAAAAUUCACUUUAUUUCGACUAUAAAAAAGUCCCUUUCUAAUAUUAGUAAAAAAAAUUCACAUAUUUUUUUUGAUUUAUCCUACUUGUCACAAGCAUAUGUAUUUUACAAAUUAUCACAAACCCAAGUUAUUAAUUUGGCUAAAUUUAGAUCUGUUCUUCAAUAUAACAGAACGUCUUUUUUCCUUAAGACUAAAAUAAAGGACUAUUUUAGAACACUAGGAAUAUUUCAUUCUGAAUUAAAACAUAAGAAACUUCAGAGUUAUAGAAUCAAUCAAUGGAAAAACUGGUUAAGACAGCAUUAUCAAUACGAUUUAUCUCAGAUUAGAUGGUCUAGAUUAAUGCCACAAAAAUGGCGAAAUAGGGUUAAUCAAAGUUGUAUGGCUCAAAAUAAAAAUCGAAAUUUAAACAAAUGGAAUUCAUAUGAAAACGACCAAUUAAUUCAUUACAAAAAAGAAAAUGAUUCUGAACUCUAUUCAUUAUCAAACCAAAAAGAUAAGUUUUCAAAAUGUUAUAGAUAUGAUCUUUUAUCAUAUAAAUCGAUUAAUUAUGAAAAUAAAAGUGAGUCAUUUAUUUAUAUAUUACCCUUUCAAGUAAAUAAGAACCUCGAAAUUUCUUAUAAUUCAAACACGCCCAAACACAACUUUUUUGAUAUGUCCGGCAAUCUUGAUAUCAAUAAUUAUCUAAGAAAAGGCAAUAUUCUAUAUAUAGAAAGAAAUCUCGAUAGAAAAUAUUUUGAUUGGAAAAUUAUCCAUUUUUCUCUUAGACAAAAAGAAGAUAUUGAGGCCUGGGUUAAGAUCGAUACCAACAGUAAUCCAAAUACUAAAAUUGGUAUUAAUAAUUAUCAAAUAAUUGAGAAAAUCGAUAAAAAAGGCCUUUUUUAUCUUACAACUCAUCAAAAUUCAGAAAACACUCAAAAAAAUUCGAAAAAAGUCUUUUUUGAUUGGAUGGGAAUGAAUGAAAAAAUAUUUAACCGUCGCAUAUUCAAUCUGGAAUUUUGGUUCUUCCCAGAAUUUAUACUACUUUAUAAUGUAUAUAAAAUAAAACCGUGGAUUAUACCAAGCAAAUUACUUCUUUUAAAUUUGAAUACAAACGAAAAUCUUAGUCAAAAUAAAAACAUCAAUAAAAACCAAAAAUCAAAUAUAAAGAAUCGAAUUCAAGAAGCAAAAGAACCCGCAAGUCAAGGAGAAAGAGAGCGUGGAUCAGAUAUAGAAAACAAAGUAAAUCUGCGCCCUAUUCUCUCACUCUCAAGCCCUGUUCCCUCAAAACAUAAAAAGGAUCUUGAAAAAGAUUACGCGGAAUCAGACACAAAGAAGGGUAAAAAGAAAAAACAAUACAAAAGCAACACGGAAGCAGAACUAGAUUUAUUCUUGAAACGUUAUUUGCUUUUUCAAUUGAGAUGGAACGAUGCUUUGAAUCAAAGAAUGCUCGAUAAUAUCAAGGUAUAUUGUCUCCUGCUUCGACUGAUAAAUCCAAACCAAAUUACUGUAUCGUCAAUUCAAAGGGGAGAAAUGAGUUUGGAUAUAAUGCUGAUUCAGGCGAAUUUAACUCUUACAGAAUUGAUGAAGAAGGGGAUAUUGAUUAUCGAACCUAUUCGGUUGUCUGUAAAAAAUAAUGGACAAUUUAUUAUGUAUCAAACCAUAGGUAUUUCAUUGGUUCAUAAAAGUAAACACCAAAUUAAUCAAAGAUACCGAGAACAAAGAUAUGUUGAUAAAAAGAAUUUUGAUGAAUUCAUUCUGCAACCUCAAACUCAAAGAAUAAAUACAGACAAAAAUCAUUUUGAUUUGCUUGUUCCUGAAAAUAUUUUAUGGUCUAGACGUCGUAGAGAAUUGAGAAUUCGAAGUUUUUUUAAUUCUUUGAAUUGGAAUGGCGUCGAUAGAAAUUCAGUAUUUUGCAACGAAACCAAUGUAAAAAACUGGAGUCAAUUUUUGGAUGAAAGGAAACCUCUUUAUAAAGAGAAAAAAGAAUUAAUUAAAUUGAAGUUCUUUCUUUGGCCUAAUUAUCGAUUAGAAGAUUUAGCUUGUAUGAAUCGUUAUUGGUUUGAUACCAAUAAUGGUAGCCGUUUCAGUAUCUUAAGGAUACAUAUGUAUCCACGAUUGAAAAUUAAUUGA